AUGAGAGGACCAAGAGAGGGCCAAGAGAGGACCAGGAGAGGACCAAGAGAGGACCAGGAGAGGACCAGGAGAGGGCCAGGAGAGGACCAGGAGAGGGCCAAGAGAGGACCAGGAGAGGACCAGGAGAGGGCCAGGAGAGGACCAGGAGAGGACCAGGAGAGGACCAUGAGAGGACCAAGAGAGGGCCAAGAGAGGACCAGGAGAGGACCAAGAGAGGACCAGGAGAGGACCAGGAGAGGACCAGGAGAGGACCAAGAGAGGACCAAGAGAGGUCCAAGAGAGGACCAGGAGAGGACCAAGAGAGGACCAGGAGAGGACCAGGAGAGGACCAAGAGAGGGCCAAGAGAGGACCAAGAGAGGGCCAAGAGAGGACCAGGAGAGGACCAAGAGAGGACCAGGAGAGGACCAGGAGAGGACCAAGAGAGGACCAAGAGAGGUCCAAGCGAGGACCAGGAGAGGACCAAGAGAGGACCAGGAGAGGACCAGGAGAGGACCAAGAGAGGGCCAAGAGAGGACCAAGAGAGGGCCAAGAGAGGACCAGGAGAGGACCAAGAGAGGACCAGGAGAGGACCAGGAGAGGGCCAAGAGAGGACCAGGAGAGGACCAGGAGAGGGCCAAGAGAGCACCAGGGGAGGGCCAAGAGAGGACCAGGAGAGGGCCAGGAGCAGGAGAGGACCAGGAGAGGGCCAGGAGCAGGAGAGGACCAGGAGAGAGCCAAUAGAGGACCAGGAGAGGGCCAAGAGAGGACCAGCGGAGGGCCAAGAGAGGACCAUGAGAGGACCAGGAGAGGACCAAGAGAGGGCCAAGAGAGGACCAGGAGAGGACCAAGAGAGGACCAGGAGAGGACCAGGAGAGGACCAAGAGAGGGCCAAGAGACGACCAGGAGAGGACCAAGAGAGGACCAGGAGAGGGCCAAGAGAGGACCAGGAGAGGACCAGGAGAGGGCCAAGAGAGCACCAGGGGAGGGCCAAGAGAGGACCAGGAGAGGACCAGGAGAGGACCAGGAGAGGACCAGGAGAGGGCCAGGAGCAGGAGAGGACCAGGAGAGAGCCAAGAGAGGACCAGGAGAGGGCCAAGAGAGGACCAGGAGAGGACCAGGAGAGGACCAGGAGAAGGCCAGGAGAGGACCAAGAGAGGACCAGGAGAGGACCAGGAGAGGACCAGGAGAAGGCCAGGAGAGGACCAGGAGAAGGCCAGGAGAGGGCCAGGAGCAGGAGAGAGCCAAGAGAGGAGCAGGAGAGAGCCAGGAGAGGGCCAAGAGAGGACCAGGAGAGGACCAAGAGAGGACCAGGAGAGGGCCACGAGAGGACCAGGAGAGGACCAGGAGAGGGCCAAGAGAGCACCAGGACAAGAACCAGGACGAGGAGACGAUGUGGACAGAAGGGAAAUAAAUAG